GCUUGGGUAUUUAAAUUUUUCGUGGAACAAUUAAAUGGGCCCUACGCAAAGGGCAGGCAGUUGAAAAUGAAAAUACUCUAAAUGGUAGUACCCAAGAAAUAAUCUGCAAAAUCCAUACGCGCCGGAUCGACCCUCUCCAAUAAAACUUUGUUUAUUCAGCCAGCCAAGAAAUAUCUGAAAUAUACUACGUUACAAUUUCGAGGAAAUCGCAGGUAUCGUAGGUAAAACAGUUAUGUGAGUCAAAAAAAAAAAAAAAACAACCGUAGAUUUUAGGUCAAACUUUCGACGUCGUCAGUUAUGAACAAUUUAUCGAACAAAGAUCAAAAGUGACGGUGAUAAUGUAGAGGUUUUUUUAUGCAAUAUCGAGUAAGAAUAUUCUUCCGAAAAGCUUCAGAAAUGAGAAAAAACAGACGGUUAAGAAAUAAAAUUUUUUGAAACUGUAAUCGAGGAAUGACGGAAAAUGAAAGCAUUAUAAGCAUAUCUCGUCCUUCUCUUAUUGUGAGUUUUUUUACCUUUCUUUUCCCAAUGAUCAUGGCGUGUACUAAAAAUAUGCAACGCUCCGCCCACCCCAACCCCCAUUCGCCCUUCUCCCCACAAUUUCUAAGGGCCGAUCGUACUACACGCACGGAACUCCACAGGUUGUAGAACGUAGCGUGGCUGGAAGUUGCAGCUGUCCCGAAAAAUUCUUUUAUUGCCCGAAGCUCAUGACAAAAAGGUAGAAUCUUCCUAUUAUCGAGUCUUCGUUUUUCAUGUUCCUAACACAAACGGCGACUUUCAUUCUGAGGCAAUAUUCAUCUCGAAAAUUAUAUUAUAGUUUAUAAGAAUUAAAAAUUAUUCGUUAUGGUCAUUCAUUAAAUGCCCUUCCAUGACUGACAAUCUUAAAAAAGAUCACAAUGAUGGAAAAAAUAGCCCUGUCGUGGAGAUGUAAAUCAUUUGCUUUGAAUAUGGGCUAAAGUUGGACGCAUGAAUAAAUAAAUUUACUCACCCGUGUAUCUAUGGACAGUAACAUGCAUAAAUUGAACGACACGAGAAGGUGAAAUUAUGGGAUAAUGUAAGAACACCCCUAGGCAUGCCUAGAAAUAGUAUAGGUGUAAUAAAAAAAUUAUUCUUCAUUCAGAUGUUGAGCAAACGCUAAAAAUAAAAAGUUUUGAGUAUUUAUUUUAGUCAGAAACAAAGCUAACGCGAGAUCUUUGUUGGGAAAUGAGAAGCCCUUUGCUGCUUGCCCAAAACCCCCGGACCCCCCCAACCAAAAAUAAAGGACACAGAUGACGCCACGAUCCGAAUUUUCGUGAGGAGUGGGGAACCAGUCGGAUUGGACGUUACACGAAAAUACUCGGGUGUGGAGUUGUAACGAGGUCUCUGAUUGGCGGAAAGGCUGCUUGCCAUGAUGCACCGUGCCACCCGCCAUAACGACAUAGCGUGGUACGAGUAAUUGCAUUUGAAUGGACGUGAAGCACUUGAAUAAAAGAAACUUGUUAAUUAUUAUCAGUAUAGGUGAAGUUUUGAAGGCCGAUAAGUGUUUAUUUGUUGGCCGACGACCAAUGGUGACAAUUUGAAACAAUGGAGAUCGCUCAAAAGCUGAAUUUCGACGCUUGUGACAUCGAAGACGAAGAACUCAACAUCAGCUGUCGCACGAACAGUUCAGGUUGUGAUGUUGACGACGUAUUGAAUUCCUCAGCAGAGGAUUUUGAAUCCUCACCUUUUCAUCAGCCAAGAAAAUUAUCAUUUAGUGCGGCAAUGGAUUGCGGCGAUUCUGAUUCGAGGCACAAAACUCCUACAGUCACAGUUACAGGUACGAACGGGGUAAAAAUUCCUCCACGCGAAGGAGGACCUCCUUCAAGGAUGGCGCUUGCCAGUAGCCCUCCCUACAAACGUGUUCGAGCACUUCGAUUAUUUGAUUCACCAGCAACUCCAAAAACUUUAAUAGAAAAAAGCAUCAGUCAUACUCCCUUGCCAUCCAGAUGCUCCAGGCUGUUUCACCUGGAAAAACCGAGGGCUGUAGCUUCGUGCUACCCAACAAAAUCUGACAAACCUGCUGCCAACGUUAACCCUUUUACUCCCAAUGGGAUGCUGCUUACUGCUAGAAAGAGAACUAGGUCAAAACGUAGUCUUAAUAGCUCUCCGGACAUACGAAUCCCUAAGUUUGACCUCCCUGAUUCAGAAGACUCGGAUAACGAGGUGGAACAACCAACAAAGCGCGUCGCCCUCCAUGAAUCUAAUAUCUCCAGAUACCAUCAAGAAUUCCAUGAGCUUGAACUGAUUGGCAUUGGAGAGUUCGGUUCUGUGUACAAAUGCAUCAACAGACUAGAUGGCUGCAUUUAUGCCGUAAAAAAAAGUAUCAAACCCGUAGCCGGAAGUGUAAAUGAAAAAAAUGCCCUUAACGAAGUAUACGCCCACGCUGUGCUUGGAAAACAUCAACAUGUAGUUCGCUAUUAUUCUGCGUGGGCAGAAGACAAUCAUAUGAUUAUCCAAAAUGAAUACUGUAAUGGUGGCAGUUUGGCGGAUGUGAUUUCCAACCUUCCAGCGGACAAGAGGCAUUUGUCCGAAGCUGAAAUGCGCCAACUUUUAUUGCACGCUGCGGAGGGACUGAGAUACAUACAUUCCAUGCAACUAGUCCACAUGGAUAUUAAACCAGGGAACAUAUUUAUUUCCAAAGAAAAACGACUACAUGCCGUUAAUUACGAUUCGGCAGAUGAUGGAUUUGACGAAGAGGAAACUGUGGAGGAAGAAAUCACCUAUAAAAUUGGCGAUCUGGGCCAUGUAACUUCGAUUAGUAACCCUCAAGUUGAAGAAGGAGACUGUCGUUAUCUACCAGUUGAAAUUUUGCAUGAAGAUUUUACUCACUUACCCAAGGCUGACAUAUUCGCAUUGGGAUUAACUGUUUACGAAGCUGGUGGUGGCGGCGCGUUACCCAAAAAUGGUCCUGAGUGGCACGAAAUUCGGAAUGGAAACCUGAAGGAACUUCCGCAUUAUAGCAGAGAUCUUAACGAACUUUUAAAGCUCAUGAUUCAUCCAAAUCCUGAAAUGAGACCAUCGGCAGUUUCGCUGAUUCAACACAGGGUGCUGUGCCCUUUUGGGAAUAAGACAAAGGCUCAACUCCGUCGAGAACUAAAUGCUGAAAAACUUAAAAACGAAAUUUUGCUGAAACAGCUUCAAGAAGCAGCAAAGUGCCUUAAGACUAUUGCACCAAGUAUGGGAGCAAUUAAUCUAUCUACGAAUUCUGGAGGAUACAGAUUGAGGCCCACCACCACUAGAACCUCAUCACGGGCAAUUGGCAAAAAGGUUAACCGUAGUAAUAGCACAACAAAUUUUUGACUAUCGUUUAUUAAAAAAAAAAAGUCAAUGCUCGCUUAAAGCAACCACGGCACCAGGAUGAUGGUGCCUUGAUAUUGUGAUAUCCAAGUAACCCUAGUUAGUAAGUAAUAAUAAAAAUGAAUUUUUAACACUUAAUGCUUAGUAUGCAGAGUUGAUAUAUAAUGUGCCACUAACUAAAGAGAGAUGAAUUGCUUGUUAUAAUCGAUGAGUUCCAUGUCAAGGAUAUAUUUAUAAUAAAACUGAAUUUUCCUAGCGGAGACUUUUCUAUAUUUCACGAUAUUCGAAUUCACACCUUGAACGUUACCUUUUUUGUUGUUCUGUUGUUCGUGUCACCUCUAUGGUCUCAAGAAAACCAUAUCCAAUUUACUUUCAUAUGAUCGGUAAAAUGAGAUGAUUCAUGAAUACGUACGUCUCAAUUGUUACAUUUUUCUUAACAGUCUAUUUAUUUUGGUAAGCAAUCUAUCGUCCUUGGAUUCCUAACUUUUUUUUGAUUCGUCACAAUUUGACUCUGCAUACAGUCUAGUAACUCAGAGAAGAAAAAAAGUACUCAAAAAACUGAGUUUGUUAAUUGAGUUAUCCAUGAACUAAAGUAUUUUCUAUACUAAAUUAUUUUUCUGAUUUCAAUAAGUAUAAGUUCAAUAAGUAUAUUUUUAGCAUGUGUCGAAUAUCCUAUUAUACAUACAUAGUAUACAUAUAUACAUAUAUAAAUAUUAUAUAGAUGAAAAAAUUACUUCGUAGUAAUGGUGCGUCAGAAAACUUUGUUUUCUCAUUAAGUUUGCGAUACAGAACACGAAGUUGUUUUCUGUUUAUUCGAAACGCUUCCCCUUCUUUCUGCUGGAAAUACAACCCAGUUAAUUCUCAUAACACAAUCCCAGUUUUUAAUUCAGCUGGAAAAUUUAUACGGAAUUUUUUUUUUUUUAUACGAUGUAUAAAAAUCAUACUGGUGGCUGUUAACUUUUUUAUGGUAGCAAAAGUUGAAGGUACGUAGUGGGGUGGAAUUUUUUAAUAAAUAAUUUUUUAAUUUUUUUCCUAAUACUUUACAAUCGUUGAGGUGGUAUGAUCAACCUUCGGCAAAUGAUACAGGUACAACAAUAUUCUCCCAGUGACGUCUGUGGCCUUUCUGUUUUAAUUUUUCAAUGAUUAAAAAGAAAAAUUUGAGAAUUACUACCCGUAUGUUUCAUACCUCUAUUUACUUAUCUGAUUUAAUAACACUGUUGAUUGAAAAAAAAUUAAGAAACGUAAGCAUGAUUGUUUAAAGUUUUCAUUCAACUUGAUAAUUCGUGACAUAUUUAAUGAGAAUGUCUAAUACUACUUCCUUCAAAUGUACUAGGUUACAUUUUACAAAAAUAUUCCUUGUGACGAAAAGUAUAUCUCUGAAUCUGUGACUAAAGAAUUGUUAGUUUUUACUAAAUAAUAAUACUUUUUUGGAAUAGUCUUUAUUUUUGAAUUGCUCAUAUUGUUACAUACGCAGAAUUGAUGGAGAUUACCUAGAAACGGAAUGUGUUGGUGGAGUUCUGAAUGAAUUUUUUUCAAUGUGUGAUGAAAUGAUUCUCACGUUACUGUGAUUUACUUUAAAUGGUAAAAAAAAAGAACUCACAAUGUUUUACAAUCGUUAUUAUUAAUUUCUUUCUCGUUAGUUGUCUAUUCUAUUAUUUCGUAAGCUAAUUUGUACAUUAUAAUCGUAAUAAUAUUACACUAUAAAAGAAUUCACAUGAAAUAAGAGACCAAUGUAAUUGCUGAAAUUUUCCAGGCAACUAGUUAUGUACGUCGUAAAGUAAUCCUUUGUUGUAUUUUUUAGCAUGAAAAUGAUAAAGUAACCAUGUAAAAAAAGAUAGAAAGAACAACAUUUAACUAAUAAAAAAGAAAAACAAAA